GCGCCAGCGUCGCCAUGGAGACAGCGGGCGCGUGGCGGUGACGUCACGCGGCGCGCCGGCCGCGGGGCGCGCCGGGAGUUGUAGUUCGGCGCCUUCCGGGAUUCCCUCGGCCCGGGUGCGCAGAGGAGGGAUCGGGCAGGAAUAUCCCAGUUCUCCCCGUCCAGAGGCGGUUUUGGCCGACCCAAAUGUGCGCUCAGCUAACGGGGGCAGGACGCAGGUGAUCCUUCUGAUUAUCCUCAGCGCGGAACAUUCCCAGGAAACCUGAGCUGCCGCGCAGGUGAGGUAAUUCCCCGGGAACGCCGAGAGCGACAUAAAUAACCUUCAGGAUAAGGAUUGACCUGACACAGAUCCCGCACUAAGCUGGGAAUAACCCGGCGGGAGGAGCCGCGUCCCGCAUCAUCCCCAUCCCGCAUCCCGCAUCCCGCAUCCCGCCCCGCCCCGCCGCGCUCCCGCUGCCGCGGAGGAGGAGGAGGAGCAGGAAAAGCAGGAAAAGCCAUGGACAGCGCCGGCAAGGAGCGGGAGGCCGUGCAGCUGAUGGCCGAGGCCGAGAAGAGGGUCAAGGGCUCGCACUCCUUCCUGCGGGGGCUCUUCGGGGGCAACACCCGGGUGGAGGAGGCCUGUGAGAUGUACACCAGGGCUGCCAACAUGUUCAAGAUCGCCAAAAACUGGAGUGCUGCAGGGAAUGCCUUUUGCCAGGCAGCCAAGCUGCACAUGCAGCUGCAGAGCAAGCACGACUCAGCCACCAGCUUUGUGGAUGCAGGGAAUGCCUACAAAAAAGCAGAUCCACAGGAGGCCAUCAACUGCCUGAACGCAGCCAUCGACAUCUACACGGACAUGGGCCGCUUCACCAUCGCCGCCAAGCACCACAUCACCAUCGCCGAGAUCUACGAGGCCGAGCUGGUGGACAUCGAGAAGGCCAUCGCCCACUACGAGCAGGCUGCCGACUACUACAAGGGGGAGGAAUCCAACAGCUCGGCCAACAAGUGUCUGCUGAAGGUGGCGGCGUACGCGGCGCAGCUGGAGCAGUACCAGAAAGCCAUCGAGAUCUACGAGCAGGUGGGAACAAACACAAUGGACAACCCUCUGCUCAAGUACAGCGCCAAGGAAUAUUUCUUCAAAGCUGCCCUGUGCCACUUCAUUGUGGAUGAGCUGAAUGCCAAGCUUGCCCUGGAGAAAUAUGAGGAGAUGUUCCCAGCUUUCACAGAUUCCAGGGAAUGCAAGCUAUUGAAAAAACUGCUGGAAGCUCAUGAGGAGCAGAACAGUGAGGCCUACACUGAGGCAGUGAAGGAAUUCGACUCCAUCUCGCGGCUGGACCAGUGGCUCACCACGAUGCUGCUGCGCAUCAAGAAAACCAUCCAGGGCGAGGGCGACGGCGACCUCAAGUGACGCCCGCGGGUCGCUGCCGCCUCCCGCCCAGGACUUUUGGGGAAUUCCCGACCCGAUCCCGCGCUUUCUUUCGUCGCUUCCUGUGUUUAUUUAGCCCCCCCCUGCUCUGUGGUGACGGAUGCCAGGCGGGAGAAGCCCUUGGAGAGGAAUUCCUCCUCUUCCUCCUCCUCCUCCUCCUCCUGGUCCCGCUCAUCCCGGUGCAGCUCCCGGUUUUCCUGCUCUCCCGUGGAUUCCAGCAUGUCAGUGUCCCACCCAGCCAGCACAGCGCUGCCAGCCCCUCGUGUCCCCACCCUGCCGUUCCCCAGAGUUGGAUUUGGGGGUCUGGAAGUGGUGCUUUGGGAAUUGGGAAUAUCCUGCAUCCCAGGAGCCCCGGGUCCUGCUUCCACCUUUCUUGGAUUGAUUCCCCACUUUCCUUCAUCCCUCCACUUCCCAAAUUAUUCCACCCGAGGAAGGAAGGAUCUGGUUUUGUGUGUCACCCUCCACAUGUGCCAGGCACAAUCCCUGAAUUCUGAGCCCUGGAUCCCACGGGAGCACGGUUGGAAUUCGGGUGGCAGGGGGGCACAGUCUGCUUGGGAAGAGCUGAGAAAUUCCCGCAGGAAUUGGUGGGUGUGUGGCUCAGGAGAGAGGACUGAGCUGCCUGGUUUUUCAGGGAGUUUGUGCAAUGUGUCACUCUUUUUGGGAAGAGUGAAGUCCUUCGUUAAGGGCUGUCCUGGAGGCUCCAGGCAGCCCCAGCCCCUCUUUCCUCUGGGAAAAGUCAGGUUGGAAUGUUGAAGUUCUGAAAACCAAAAAUCCCCAUCCAUGCCAAAUUCUCCUCGGUGUUUUCCCAAUCUCUUUUAUUUCCUUGUGUUCAUCCCAAAGAGAAGGAAGAGCCUGGGACUGGGAGGCAGUGGGGGGAUCUCCCAGCCCAUCCAUUCCCACCCUCAGGAAUGGCUUUGUGUGGGAGCUGGGAUGAGGGGAGGCUCCACCUUCCCCGGUGUUUUUCCAGUCUGUUGCCCUUCCCUUGUCGGUGCUGUAGGACAGGAGGAGCAGGAGGCUGUUACUCCAUCCCUACACCUGGUAGUUGUGUGUGAGUAGCUCCAGCAUGUCCUCUGCUGUAUCCAUGGUGAAUUGUGACGGUUCCCAGGUGACAAUUCCGCCACUCCCGCUGUGUCCCCGCCCCUCUUCCAUCACUCCCUACUCGGAUAACUUAUUUAAGGAAAUGGCCUUAGCAAGAAUAUCAUGUUUGGUGUGACUCUGUACGUGAAUAAAGUGAAAAUCAUGGAUGGAA